UAACUCGUGCAGUACCGCUAAAAAAUAAUYACAUAUUUGUUUGAUUUCCUGAUUCUUGUUGAAAUUAAAGUUUAUAUUGUAAAUAAAUAAAAAYGGUUGCACCCCCAGACACUAUAACAAUGGAUACACAAGGAAAUAAUGCUGUGCUGCAGGAUCUUAAGUUGCGACAAAUAAAUUGCGAACUCAAUCCUCUGACUCGUUCUGAUGGUUCCGCUUUGUUCACGCAAGGUGGAACCUGUGUACUUACUUCGAUGCUUGGUCCAAUUGAAGUAAAAUCUCAGAAUCUAAACAUAGAAAAGGCGCAUGUUGAGUGUAUCUAUCGCCCAAAAGCAGGCAUCCCAACAAUAGAAGAUAAAUUGACGGAGACCGUUAUACGUGAUACAUGUGAGUCCGCUUUACUAACUAUGCUUCAUCCACGAACAACUAUAUCUAUACAAAUACAGGAAUUGGAUGAUCGAUGUGGUAUUGAAGCUUGUGCAAUAAAUGGUGCUUGCUUAGCGUUGCUGGUAGGUGGUGUGCCGAUGAAAUUCACUAUCGCUGCUGUACAUUGCAUAGUAGACAAAGAUGACAAGGUAAUAUUGGAUCCCGACCAUUGUGAAGCGAUAGGAAAGCGAGCUAGUUUUGUAUUUGUUUUUGAUAGUUUGGAUAGGAAUUUAGUAACAGUUUACACAAGUGGUCGUUUUCGUAUGGGUCAAUUUAAUGAUGCAGAAUGCAUGAGCCGUGCAGCAAGUCAGAUAAUAUUUAAUUUUUACCGACGAAUCAUUUCGAAUUUCCAUAACAAAUCAUUGCUCACCGCUGAUAGUAAAGCACGUAAUACAGAAGCAGAGUCGGUAGUGAAAUCAGAACAAAUGGAAUUAUAGAAAAUCUAAGUCACGAAUAAAAAAAAAAGGUAAAUUUAAAACAAUUCAA